CGGCCGUGACUAGACAUUCGGUCAUAGGAGCGGUGGAGGGGGGCGCUCGAGCCACGUCGGUAAAACAAAUCAACGCUUGAAGGCGGAUUACAAAGAGGCUGAGGAGACUAAUUGCGACAACCGCGGCUUCUUCUUUUCUUUCCCACAAAUAUCAGGUCGGGAGCGCAGAGAUUCGGCCCAGGCUGCCUGUCCUGUUGAUGCCGGAGAUCCAGGGCGAUGUCAACACCUGAUCCUCCCAUGGGGGGUACCCCCCGUCCGGGUCCAUCACCCGGUCCUGGCCCCUCCCCCAAUGCUAUGCUGGGCCCCAGCCCGGGUCCUUCCCCUGGCUCCUCUCACAGCAUGAUGGGGCCCAGCCCCGGUCCUCCUUCCUCUGGACACUCCCAGCCAGUACCCUCUGGAUAUGGCCCUGAAAAUAUGCACCCUUUGCACAAACCCAUGGAGGGCAUGCAUGAGAAGAGCUUGUGUGAUGACAGUCGCUUCAGUCAGAUGAAGGGACUUUCGAUGAGACAGGGCGGGCACAGUGGUAUGGGCCCUCCACCCAGCCCUCUGGACCAACACUCACAAGGCUACCACUCUCCACUUGGUGGCUCGGACCACUCCAGCCCUGUUGCUUCAAAUGGCCCCCCAUCCGGUCCUCUUAUGCCAUCAACUUCCUCCUCAUCAUCUUCUGCAGGUUCUGGUUCUGCUUCAGCCUCUCUUGAUGGCCCCAAUGUAGAUCAACAUUCCUUGGGGCCUAAUAACCGGUCUGGACCUCCGGGGAAUUCUGGACCUGGCCCUAGCCCUGGGCCUAGCCUUGGCUCCAGCGUUCCCAGCCUCGGUUCUGGCCUUGAUGGUAGUGGCCCUGGAGGACCUGGUGGGCCGACUCCCUUUAACCAAAACCAGCUUCACCAACUCAGAGCCCAGAUCAUGGCGUAUAAGAUGCUCGCCCGCGGACAGCCCCUGCCGGAUCAUCUCCAAAUGGCUGUUCAAGGAAAGAGGCCGAUGCCAGGGAUGCAGCAGCAGCAGCCCAUGUCCAGUCUGGUUUCUGGAACUAGUGCAGGACCAGGAGGUGGUCCAACAGGACCCGGAUCAGGGCCUGGACCUAUGGGCUCAAGCUACAGUCGGCCUCAUGGCAUGAUGGGUCCCAACAUGCCUCCCCCUGGUCCUUCAGGGACCCCAGUUGGCAUGCAAGGACCGAAUCCCAACGGACCCUCCAAGUCAUGGCCUGAAGGCCCCAUGGUGAAUGCAGCGGCCCCCUCCAACGCACCCCAAAAAUUGAUCCCUCCUCAGCCCACAGGCAGGCCUUCUCCUGCUCCCCCAUCAGUUCCCCCGGCUGCUUCCCCUGUAAUGCCCCCACAGACCCAGUCCCCUGGUCAGCCUGCUCAGCCUCCUCCCAUGAUGCCUUACCACGCCAAGCAGAACCGCAUUACCCCCAUCCAGAAACCCUGCGGUCUCGACCCUGUAGAGAUUCUGCAAGAGAGGGAGUACAGGUUGCAGGCUCGUAUUGCUCAUCGCAUUGCUGAAUUGGAGAACCUGCCUGGUUCUUUGGCUGGUGAUCUACGUACCAAAGCUACAAUAGAGCUCAAAGCUCUUCGUUUGCUGAACUUCCAGAGACAGCUGCGUCAAGAAGUAGUGGUGUGCAUGCGACGUGACACAGCUCUCGAGACUGCUCUGGAUGCCAAAGCCUACAAGCGGAGCAAGCGCCAGUCUCUCCGGGAGGCUCGCAUCACAGAGAAACUGGAGAAACAGCAAAAGAUUGAGCAAGAGCGCAAACGCAGACAAAAACAUCAGGAGUACCUCAACAGCAUUCUCCAGCAUGCCAAAGACUUCAAGGAGUAUCACCGCUCAGUCACGGGAAAGAUGCAGAAGCUGACCAAAGCCGUGUCCACCUACCACGCCAACACUGAGCGUGAGCAGAAGAAGGAGAAUGAGCGCAUUGAGAAAGAACGGAUGAGGAGGCUUAUGGCUGAAGAUGAAGAGGGCUACCGUAAACUGAUUGACCAGAAGAAGGAUAAGCGCCUGGCCUAUUUGCUGCAGCAAACUGACGAGUAUGUCGCUAACCUCACUGAGCUGGUACGAGCCCACAAAGCUGCACAGGCCCUCAAGGAGAAGAAAAAGAAGAAAAAGAAAAAGAAGAAGUUGGAGAAUGCAGAGGGUCAAACUCCUGCUCUUGGACCGGAUGGAGAGCCCCUGGAUGAAACGAGCCAGAUGAGUGACCUGCCUGUAAAGGUCAUCCAUGUGGACAGCGGCAAUAUCUUGACGGGCGUGGAUGCUCCGAAGGCUGGACAGUUGGAAACAUGGCUGGAGAUGAACCCUGGUUAUGAGGUCGCUCCCCGCUCAGACAGUGAAGACAGUGAGGAGGAGGAAGAAGAAGAGGAAGAAGAAGAGGAGCCUCAACCUUCAUCAGCUCCAGUGGAAGAAAAGAAGAAGAUUACGGACCCAGACAGCGAAGACGUGUCAGAAGUGGAUGUCCGACAUAUCAUUGAAAACGCUAAACAGGAUGUGGACGACGAGUACAGUGGUGCAGCGUUUGCUCGAGGGCUCCAGUCGUAUUAUUCUGUGGCCCAUGCCGUCACAGAGAAGGUGGACAAACAGUCUACUUUACUGAUAAACGGACAGCUUAAACAAUAUCAGAUUAAAGGUCUGGAAUGGUUAGUUUCUCUUUACAAUAAUAAUCUGAAUGGGAUCCUGGCUGAUGAGAUGGGUUUGGGAAAAACCAUCCAGACGAUUGCUCUUAUCACCUACCUCAUGGAGCACAAGCGGCUCAACGGACCCUACCUCAUUAUUGUCCCCCUCUCAACUUUGUCCAACUGGGUGUAUGAGUUUGACAAGUGGGCACCAUCGGUCGUUAAAGUGUCCUACAAAGGGUCUCCUGCUGCUAGAAGAGCUUUCGUCCCCCAGCUGCGAAGUGGCAAGUUUAAUGUUUUACUCACCACUUACGAGUACAUCAUCAAGGACAAACAAGUACUGGCCAAGAUUCGAUGGAAGUACAUGAUUGUGGAUGAAGGCCACCGCAUGAAGAACCACCACUGUAAGCUGACCCAGGUUCUAAACACCCACUACCUCGCUCCGAGGAGAGUGUUGCUGACCGGGACGCCAUUGCAGAACAAACUACCUGAACUGUGGGCGCUCCUCAACUUCCUGCUGCCCACCAUUUUCAAGAGCUGCAGCACAUUCGAGCAGUGGUUCAACGCCCCGUUUGCAAUGACUGGAGAGAAGGUGGAUCUUAAUGAAGAGGAGACAAUCUUGAUUAUUCGUCGCCUGCACAAAGUGCUCCGCCCCUUCCUGUUGAGAAGGUUAAAGAAAGAGGUGGAGGCUCAGCUUCCAGAAAAGGUGGAAUAUGUCAUCAAGUGUGACAUGUCGGCUCUUCAGAGGGUCCUGUACCGGCACAUGCAGGCCAAAGGGGUCCUGCUCACUGACGGAUCCGAGAAAGACAAGAAGGGUAAAGGAGGCACAAAAACUCUGAUGAACACCAUCAUGCAGCUGAGGAAAAUCUGUAAUCAUCCAUAUAUGUUCCAGCAAAUUGAGGAAUCUUUCUCUGAGCAUUUAGGAUUCUCUGGUGGAAUAGUCCAAGGUCCUGACCUUUAUCGAGCUUCAGGAAAGUUUGAGGUGCUGGAUCGCAUCCUGCCAAAGCUGAGGGCCACAAACCACAAAGUGCUGCUCUUCUGCCAGAUGACCACACUCAUGACCAUCAUGGAGGAUUACUUCGCCUACCGCAACUUCAAGUAUCUGCGUCUGGACGGCACAACAAAGGCUGAAGACCGAGGAAUGCUGCUGAAGACAUUUAAUGAACCGGGGUCAGAGUACUUUAUUUUUCUGCUGAGCACAAGAGCCGGCGGUCUCGGCCUCAACCUGCAGUCUGCAGACACUGUGAUUAUUUUUGACUCAGAUUGGAACCCCCAUCAGGACUUACAGGCUCAAGACAGAGCCCAUCGCAUCGGCCAGCAGAACGAGGUGCGAGUGCUGCGCCUCUGCACCGUCAACAGUGUGGAAGAGAAAAUUCUGGCAGCUGCCAAGUAUAAAUUGAAUGUGGAUCAGAAAGUCAUCCAGGCCGGCAUGUUCGAUCAGAAAUCCUCCAGCCACGAGCGCCGGGCCUUCCUGCAGGCCAUCCUGGAGCACGAGGAGCAAGACGAGGUCUGGGGUCAAGAGCUUGUGAAUGAGGAGGACGAGGUGCCGGACGAUGAGACCGUCAACCAAAUGAUCGCCAGGAGCGAAGAGGAGUUUGAGCAGUUCAUGCGCAUGGACCUGGACAGGCGUCGCGAGGAGGCUCGUAAUCCUCGGCGAAAACCUCGUCUGAUGGAAGAGGACGAGCUUCCCACCUGGAUCAUGAAGGACGAUGCUGAAGUUGAGCGUCUGACCUGCGAAGAGGAGGAGGAAAAAAUGUUUGGGCGAGGUUCUCGACAGCGCAAGGAGGUGGACUACAGCGAUUCACUGACAGAGAAACAGUGGCUCAAGGCAAUUGAGGAAGGCACACUUGAAGAGAUGGAGGAAGAAGUGCGUCACAAAAAGACAACCCGAAAGAGGAAGAGGGACCGUGAUCUGGAUCUCCCAGGACCCUCAUCUUCCUCUGGGAGCCGGGGACGCGGCGACAGAGAUGAUGAUGGGAAGAGACAACGGAAGAGGGGAAGACCGCCAGCUGAGAAACUCUCUCCCAACCCUCCGGGCCUCACAAAGAAAAUGAGGAAAAUAGUGGAUGCUGUCAUCAAAUAUAAAGACAGCACCAGUGGGCGUCAGCUCAGCGAGGUUUUCAUCCAGCUGCCGUCUCGAAAGGAACUGCCCGAGUACUACGAGCUGAUCCGCAAGCCAGUGGACUUCAGGAAGAUCAAGGAGAGGAUUCGAAGCCACCGCUACCGCAGUCUGGGUGACCUGGAGAGAGACGUCAUGCUGCUCUUCCAAAACGCUCAGACCUUCAACCUGGAGGGUUCCCUGAUAUACGAAGACUCCAUCGUGCUGCAGUCAGUGUUCACCAGCUUGAGGCAGAAGAUCGAGAAGGAGGAGGAAAGCGAGGGAGAGGAGAGCGAUGAGGAGGAGGAAGAGCAGGAAGACGGAUCGGAGUCAGAAUCUCGCUCAGUCAAAGUGAAAAUCCGCCUGAGUCGAAAGGAUAAAGGUGGAGAUCGAGGAAAGGGGCGCAGCAGGCGAACAGGACGCACCCGGGCCAAACCGGUCGUCAGUGAUGACGACUCCGAGGAUGAACAGGAGGAGGAGCGCUCAGCCAGCGGCACUGAUGAAGAGGCUUGAACUACACCAGGGGCUUAAAGAGAAGGAGGCACAAAUGGAUUUUCCAACAAGUCAAAAAACAAAUAACCAUAUAAACAAGCCACAGUCAGCUCCAUCCACCCUCAGUCAAACGACACCUGAAAGAAAGGGCAAUAGAUGAGUUAAGUAUAAUUUCUGAGCUGAAAAAGCCUGGAAAUAAAUGAAUCUCUUAUCACAGUUGCAGAAUCUGAUUGUGAGAAAUUAGGAAAAGUACAACUUUUAAUUUGAAAGCAUUUAUUGGGGGAGAGUCUCGUGUUAAGAAAGAAUUGUUUUUAGGUCCCCAGGGUAUAA